AAACAGGAAAGGAAUCCAAAUGAAAUUGAAAGAACCUCGGAAACGACAUCAGCAUAGCAGUGCAGUGCAGUGCAGUGCAGAGGAAAACCUGAGUGAGUGUGACGAAUUGAAGAAUGUACAAGUCGAAGCUGCAAGAGUUGUGCCAACGCUACUUGGUGGCGUUGCCGGAGUACACCUCGGUGAAGGUCGGUCCCGAUCACGACGCACGAUUCACCGCCACCGUCACCGUAAUUGGAAUUUCUUUUCAGUCGCCGCCGAAUCAGUGCCGCUCCGCUAAGGAUGCUCAGAACCUCGCCUCUCGCUUUGCCUUUGAGUAUUUUACUGCCAAUCCGCCCGCGCUUCACUCUGCCCAUCCCCAGCAAUUGGCAACUAGGCCGCCAGAUCCGGUUGUCGCCCCCGUUCUUCAGUCUCUGUCCCCGCCUUUACAACCAUCUCCGGUUCACCUCGUCGCCGAUUCGUCCCUUCCCCCCCCUCAAUUCGGACAAAUCCCAAAUUCAGCUUGGCUUGCUGGCCCCCAACCUGUUUGUCCUCCUCUGCUGCAGCAAACCCCUCCAUCUCUUCCACCAAAAAGCUUUACAGAGGCUUCUACUCCAAACACAAAAGUAGGUCAAAGUAAAGAGAGCACUGCACAAGCAUCUGCGGUGACUCCAUUAUACUCUACCAAACCUGCAAAUCUGAAGGGGAUGUACAAGUCAAAAUUGCAAGAGCUAUGCCGUAGGCAGUCAUGGAAUCAGCCUGAGUACAGAACGGUGAAAGAAGGCCCUGAUCACAACCCUCGAUUUGGUGCCACAGUCAUUGUCAAUGGAAUUCCCUUCAAAACUCCAGAUAACCAUUGCCGUUCCUCCAAAGAAGCAACAAACCUUGCUGCCUGCAUUGCCUUAGAUCACUUUAUUGGCUCCAAGCUAACUGUCCCCCAGCAAUCCCAUCUUCCACCAACUGUAUCCUCAUCUUCAGGCCAUACUAAAAAUGAAAUUGCAGGUGGAAACAAUGAACCGAAUUCACAAACAUCUGAGUUUGUUUCAACACCAUUGGUUCCUAAAGAGAUUUACAAAUCUUCAGACAUACAGUAUAUGUACAAGAACCAGCUGCAGCAAUAUGCUCAGAAGCAGAAUAUUACUUUACCUGAAUAUUCUUGUGAAAUUGAUGGGCCACCACAUGCUCGUCGCUUUAGAUCAAAAGUGGCUUUUGGUGGAAGAAUUUUUGAAAGCCAAGAAUUUUUCUCUACAUUGAAGGAAGCUGAACAAGCAGCUGCAAAAAUUGCUCUUGAGGCAUUAUCACCCCAAGAAAUUCAAAAGGGUGCAGGUUUAUACAAGACCCUUCUACAACAACUGGAACAAAAACAGGGUGGCCUGUUUCCAGUAUACAAGACAAUCCAGUCUGGUCCACCUCAUGAUCCAACUUUUGUGGCCACUGUGGUAGUUGGUGGUGAGACAUACCAAGGACAAGUAGCUAAAAGCAAGAAGCAGGCUGAGAUGAGUGCUGCAGAAAUUGCUUAUAAUUCUCGUAUGAAGAGAAUGCAGGAUAUCCAUCUCUGUCUUGUGAGCUCAAUUAUGGUUGAUCACUGCAAGAACGAGCUUGUGACCAAUAGUUGUUGAUCCAAACUGUAGUAUGAAUCUGUUCAUGCUGCAAGAGUCAAGGGAGUACUGGUUCACUUACUGAUGCAUUAGAAUAGUGUUUCACAACUGGACAAAGAGAGCUUUCUUCUACAACAUUUCAAGACGAUAAUUUCCAUGAUCCAUGCUUACAACUGAUCACUACCCAUUACGAUUGGAAAUAAACUUGAACCACUUCCCAAGCAUGGUAGCAUGGGCCUUGUAACCCAAUCGAGAGCAUUAAUAAGGCGGUGGAUCUCUUCCCUGGGACCGGAUGACACCAAACGAGUAAGUAGACAAGCAAACGUAUGUUCAUUAUCUUCGAUGAACGGUACUUUUCUCAUAUUCUUUUAUAAUCUAUGGUUUAAAUGAAUAUGCUAUGUCUUGCCGCAUUUAAUGUGUAUCAAACAUGCUACUCCUUAUCUAUAAUGUAUGUGCAUAACUCAAAUGAAUUUGGUCAUGAGAGAGGGAAUUCAAAUGCGUAA